AUUUUUUUUAAAUUCAAAAUUUACGUUAUUAAAUUUUUAAUUUAAAUUUAUAAUGGCAAAAAUAUGACAUAAGGACCCGAACUUACACCAAAUUCGCAAUUUCAGACCCAAACUUCAAUUGCGCUCAAUGAAGGUCCCGAACUCCACCAAAUUCUCAAAUAAGGACCCAAUUGGACGGAAAACUAACUUCCGAUCUAUUUGACUUCCAAAGAGAAAUUCCAGGAAAUCCCAGAUCAAAACCAAAAAAAUAAAAAUAAAAUAAAAAAUCAAUUUCCAUUUCACUAUAAAUAAGAAACAAUACAAACACCAUAUCACCCCACUCACAACCCUAUAACCCAAAACACUUUCUUGUGACUCAAGCAAAACACACCAUGCCAAGGAUUUCCUUUGUUGUUUACAUUCUAACAUGCCUUGCCGCACUGGCAACGUCCGCACGCCCCCGCCACCAUGACCCUCAGGAAUCAUCAUUGCCGGCGCCUGUGAGAUCGCCAAAUUUGGCACCGGGGCCAUCUGUGGAUUGUUCCUCCGCCAUGUAUGAUUUGGUGGACUGCAUUGGGUAUUUGAGUUAUGGCAGCAAUGACACGAAGCCAGAGAAGUCGUGCUGUUCCGGGUUCAAAUCCAUGAUGAAAGUUGCUGAGCAAUGCAUAUGUGAGGCCAUUAAGAGCAGUCGUGGUAUGGGGAUUGAGUUGAAUCUCACGAGAGCCGCUUCUUUGCCUUCUGAUUGUGGUGUAUCUGCUCCUCCAAUUAGCACAUGUGGCAUCUCUUUGUCUCCUUCUACGGCUCCUUCCGCGGCUCCUUCCGCGGCUCCUCCUAUUCCAGUUCCCGCAACCUCACCACCCAAUAAAGAACCUCUUGUACCAGAACCAGCAACUCCUGAGAUCGUCCCAGGCACUACUCCGAGCCCAUCCCCUCUUCCUCAUGCUGGAGCUCACGGCCUUUCAACUCCAUUUUCUCUCCUCCUUGCCAUGCUUCUUGCAUCAUUCUUUUAUCUUGCUAUGUAACCUUGUUCCAUUUCAAUUCGAUUGUUUUCUUGGACCAUUUGUUUGAUUUUUAGCAUUAGCUAGCAUUGAUGUUAUGAUCUCCACUAGGAAUUAUUUGUUGUCCUUCUUUUGUUUUAUAUCUUUCCUAUGAAUUUUGGUUUGAAGAAUUUUAACAUAUAUAUCAGCACAAGUUUACAACCAAGCUAACAUAAUCUCAAAGAAAAUGAAAAUUCUUUG